UCUAUGGAGCAUUCUUCUGUUUAGAGAGAGAGAGAGAAAGUUGGGUUUUUCUUUUGGUUGAUGAAUCCAUGGAAGGUGAAAUCCAUGUUGCAGAUAGCACUUCCUUUAAAGAAUGUUUCUCUGUUGUAAACAAAAACCCUUAUAUCCUGCGACUUGCUUUCUCAGCUGGUAUUGGUGGCCUUCUCUUUGGCUAUGAUACAGGUGUCAUUUCCGGUGCUCUUCUCUACAUCCGAGAUGACUUCCCGUCGGUGGACCGGAAGACAGUUUUGCAGGAAACGAUCGUUAGUAUGGCGGUGGCUGGUGCCAUUAUUGGAGCAGCAUUUGGAGGUUGGGCGAAUGACAAAUUUGGUCGAAAGAAAACAAUCAUAGUAGCUGAUGUUCUCUUCUUAAUUGGAGCAAUUAUAAUGGCUGCUGCUCUUAAUCCUGGUGUCAUUAUCUUGGGAAGAAUUUUUGUGGGUUUGGGGGUUGGAAUGGCCUCAAUGACUUCGCCUCUAUAUAUAUCCGAGGCAUCCCCUGCUAAAAUUAGAGGAGCUCUUGUCAGUACUAAUGGCUUCCUCAUCACAGGAGGACAGUUCUUGUCUUACCUAAUCAAUUUGGCUUUUACCAAGGCACCUGGGACAUGGAGGUGGAUGCUUGGAGUUGCAGGGAUUCCUGCCAUCUUACAAAUUAUCUUGAUGAUGAGGCUACCUGAAUCUCCAAGGUGGCUCUUUAGAAUGAAAAGAGAACAAGAAGCCAUUGCAAUCCUAGAAAAGAUCUACCCCCCCAAUGAAUUAGAGCAGGAGAUUGAUGCCCUCAGAACCUCUGUUGAAGAAGAGAAACAAUUACAAGAAGUCGCCAAGCAUACUGGUUUUUUAGCUCUAUGGAAAAACAAAGUAACCAGAAGAGGCCUAACUGCUGGUAUUGGUCUUCAAGUUAUUCAACAAUUUGUGGGAAUAAACACUGUUAUGUAUUACAGUCCCACAAUUGUUCAGUUCGCGGGUGUCGCAUCAAACCAAACAGCUCUCUUGCUCUCUCUCAUCACGUCUGGCCUUAAUGCUAUCGGAUCGAUUGUUAGUAUGUAUUUUGUCGACAGAAAUGGGAGGCGAAAGCUUUUGCUCAGCAGUUUGUUUGGAAUUGUCGCUUCCCUUGUGGUUUUGAUGGUGGUGUUCAACCAAACUGCAUCACAUUCUCCACCGGUCAGUGGUAUUGAGACCUCACAUUUCGGUGGGAACUUGACAUGCCCCUUGUACAAAUCGUCGGGUAGAGCAGCAUGGAGCUGCACUACAUGCCUCAAAGCGCCAGAUUGUGGGUUUUGCUCCUCCAAAAUUAACAAGCUUCAACCAGGGGCAUGCCUCCUUAACAACAAGGCUGUGAAGAGCACGUGCAAUGGUGAGCACCGCAUCUGGUACACACAGGGCUGCCCAACCAGCUUUGGUUGGCUUGCACUUGUCGGUCUCGCUUUGUACAUCAUCUGCUACUCUCCUGGUAUGGGAACAGUUCCAUGGAUUGUCAACUCUGAGAUCUACCCCUUGCAUGUAAGAGGCUUCUGUGGAGGAAUUGCAGCCACCUCGAAUUGGAUCUCUAAUUUGAUCGUUUCCCAAACGUUCCUCACUCUAACCGAGUCCCUAGGACCUUCAUGGACUUUCCUACUCUUCGGUGGUUUCGCUUUCAUUGGUUUAAUAUUUGUGUUCUUCUUCGUGCCGGAGACAAAGGGGAUGCAGUUUGAGGAGGUUGAGAGGAUGCUUGAGGAGAAGUCUAGUUUUUGGAGGAAGAGUCCACCUUCUGGCAAGCCUUAGUCGAUAGAGAAAGGACAAUCCUUUUUUCAGUCUGACACAUCAACACUCAGGUUUACAGUUGCCAAUGUUGAUCUUUCCAACAGGUUUAUUUGACACAUUUACGCUCUCUCUCUCUCUCUCUCUCUCUCUCUCU